AUGGCGAGGAUUCAGCGUAGGGAGGUGGCAUGGCUGUCUCACUCUUUCAAUAGUUCUCAAAGGAAUUUACAGUUUCAGUGUCGGACCUUCCACACAAAGGUCAAACGCCGGCACAGAUUCGGUAAUUCCACAGCUUGGAGGUUGGGUUCGCGCUGGUGUGCCCGAACGGGAGGCUGGCUGGAGGUCUGGGCACUUUGGCUUUCACCUGCUGUCCGUGCGCUGCAGGCGCCUUGCAUACAUCUGGCCGAUAAAAAGACCUAA